AGUGAAAUGCAGCUGCGCCAUUCCUCCUUUGUCUGACCGCGCAGAGAGAAGCGACGCUCUUCCAUUGACUGUGCAGACUCCAGCAAGUACCCUGCAACGCACAGCAGCCGCCCCUUUGGGAAGUGAUAUAAAAAGUCCUCGUUAACGAACCGAGCGCCUCGCUUUGUUCGUUAUUCUGUUCGCCUGCAGCGCAUUAUGAGCAACACGGAGUCCGCCAUAGAGUCAAACACAGCCCAGAAGAAAAACAAGAUGGAAGACACCAAGUACCUCCCGGAGCUGCUGGCCGAGAAGGACAGCCUGGAUCCGUCGUUCACGCACGCCAUGAAGCUCAUUUCUGCAGAGAUUGAGAGGAUCCAGAAAGGAGAGGCCAAGCGAGACACAGAUAAGGAAACCUAUCUUGAUCUGUUUGCUACGAAGAAUCUGAAACUGAAAGAGAGAGUACUCAUUCCUACAAAGCAGUACCCCAAGGUGAACUUUGUGGGGAAGCUUCUGGGUCCGCAGGGCAGCACGAUCAAGAGGCUGCAGGAGGACACUGGGGCUAAGAUUUCAGUCCUGGGCAAAGGCUCCAUGAGAGACAAGAACAAGGAGGAAGAUUUGAGGAAGGGCGGUGAAGCGAAGUACGCUCACCUGGCUAUGGAGCUGCAUGUGUUUAUUGAGGUGACAGCACCCAUACCAGAGGCUUAUCUCCGCAUGGCUCACGCCAUGGAUGAGGUUAAGAAGUUCCUUAUCCCGGAGCCGGGAGAGUUCGACGCCUACAUGGACCCUCACUUCUUGAAUGGAUCUCAGGAUGGCUCAGGCAGAGGGCGAGGUCACCUGCGGGGCAGAGGUGGACCGCCCGGAGGACCAAGGGGCAGAGGGAUGCCACGUGGCGGUCCUCGGGGAGCCAUGCGUGGUGGAGCUCCACGGGGAGGCCUGGGACGCGGCGGUGCUCCGAGAGGUGCGCCGUCCGGCCGGGGCGGCCCGCCCUCCGUCCCUCCCAGAGGAGGCUCUGCUCCCCGCUCCAGGCCCCCUGCAGCAGGAGCGCCCAGGAUGCUCCCCACAGGCGCCAUGUCCCACCAGCAGCACCAGGGACCCACAGGGUCACAGCCCAAGUCUGAUUCUUACGAUGAUUAUCCUCAGUAUGAUGAGUCUUAUGCAGAGCAGCCUUACGACCAGUACGACAGCUACUACAGUCAACAGUCUGCACCUGCGGACACAGAAUAUUACGAUUACGGACACGGUGAAGCUCAGGAUGCAUCGUACGAGUCUUACGCUCAGGAUGACUGGGAUAACUCAUGGUCCGGUUCUGGGACCGGAGGCAAAGCCCCCCAGUCGAGGCCCAUGAAGGGGUCGUACAGAGAACAUCCGUAUGGAAGAUACUGAACGACUACUGGUAGAGAGUUGCUAUAGCAACUGUCUGCGAUUGUAACUCGCUUAACGUUUCAAAAGUAAUUCCCCCUCUCGUUUGUUCCCCAUUUUUUUAUGGUUUAUUUCAUUUUUGUUUUUUAAACUCUAGAGGUGUUUAGUUGGAUGUAUCGGCGCGCUAGAAGUGAAGCCUUCUCGCAGUUUCCUUCGUUGACUAUAUGUUUCCAGUUAAUGUUUGUUUCAGUUGCGUUGUGCAGGUCUUAGUGACAUAAACCUAACAAUGAAACUAGAGUGACAUUUGAUGGUUAUUUCAGUUAAUUGCUAUGAAUAAACUGUGAUUGUGGCGAUAAACUUUUCUCACAUAGGCUGCAUUUUAAAAGUCCUUGAUGACUGGACACAAAGUAUUCCUAACGCCUCAACGUAAAUGUACCACAGCUAAAAGAGACUUUAGUAACAAACUCAAAUACCAUCCGGAGCUUUUUUUGGUUUACUCCAAGCUUCCCAUCUGUUUAUACUGCAUUCCAAAUCCAGUCUUUGGAGUUAUUGAAAACAGAAUUUAAUUUGACAAAAACAAAUAAAUGUUUCUAUUUUUGGCACCCUUUACGAUUGGUGUGUUGUAGAGGGGGAAAAAAGUGGUCAUUCCUUGCAAAAUCAUCACUUAUCUCCUAAUUCUUGUGAAGGUUGGAGGAGUAGCGGUCCUUGCAGUGUGGGAGGAAGUCUGCAGCCAACUUAAUCUUUUGUACAUAACCUUAGGACACCUGUGUAUGCUUCGAGUCGUGCCGUCACCAAAAUGCAUAAUGCUUGUGUACCUUUUGACUAAAUAGGAUACUAAACAUAUCCCAAAAUGUUUUUCUGCAAUUCGUGUUUCAAUAAAGUUUCUAGUUUUCUUUUUAAUCCGUCUAAACUUGGUAUUUUGCCUUUAUUGUACCAAAGGAACUGUGAAAAUGGUCCUCAGUGGUUCUCGGCAAUGCUGAUUAAGCUGUGCUCUCACGUAAGCCUGACUUUCUUCAAACCAAAACCAGUGUUGUGACCAUGAUCUUAUCCUCUGUCUUCAAAAUCGUAUCUAAAUGACUCCUGUAAUGCCACCUUCAAAAGAAAAAAAAGAGGAACACAAUAAUAAAGCUCAUCCUUCCUUGAGGUAAUGUGAUGCCAAAUACAUGUUUGACUUGACAAUGAUAAAGUGCUUGAACAUGUAUUGUCAUUAACCUCUAGUUAGUGUAUAUCUCUUCAAGCUCUCGAGAGCACUGUAUCUCCAGACACCUGAAAUAACUGAAUUUCAACAGUAUUUCAAAUCAAGCUUGCAGGGAUCUUACUUGACUUUGACGCAAAGUCAUGCUGGCUGCGUUUUAUAAAAGAAAAAUAUCGCAGAGGAGAGGAUUCUAAAAGCCAAAAGAUCGCCACAAGAAGGUAAAACUAACCCCAACACUCAUCUGUUAGAUUUUUGUUUUAUUUUCUGUGCAAAACAUCCAAGUAAUGCAAGUCAUCCAAAACAUCUCCAAAACAUUGAAGUGCAAAAUUAUGCUAUCAGUAGUUAUUCCGAGCAAAAUAAGCCGCACAAAACAAUCAGUUCUGGUUGUGAUGCAACUCUUGCUCAAAUAAAACCAACAAUUGUUGAUUCAUUUCACUCAAUACUUACCUAUUCCCAUCUUUACAAUUUAUACAGACUGUAGAUUAAUGCAAACUAGUAGUUGCACUCAAAGCUUUAAAAACAACCCAUUGGUGGACAAAAAAAACAACC